GAAGAUUAUCUCACCCAACCCACGCUAUAUAAACUGACCGAGGUGGGGGGACUCAGCAGGGUUCAUUCCACAGACCCACACGGGCAAGCAUGGUGGUGCUGAAAGUGGAGGAGCUGGUCACGGGGAAGAAGAACGGCAAUGGAGAGGCGGGGGGGUUCCUGCCGGAGGAUUUCAGAAAUGGCCAGUAUGAGGCUGCUGUUACCUCGGAGAAGCAAGAUGACCUGAAACCACUCCCAGGCCACCCUGUGAGCCGGGCGGAACAACAGUGGAAAAGCGAGAAACAGAGAGAAGCAGAGCUCAAGAAGAAGAAAUUAGAACAAAGGUCAAAGCUUGAAAAUUUAGAAGACCUGGAAACCAUCAUUCAGCUCAAGAAAAGAAAGAAAUACAGGAAAACCAAAGUUCCAAUUGUGAAGGAAUCUGAACCCGAAAUCAUUGCAGAACCUGUGGAUGUGCCUAGGUUUCUGAAGGCUGCCCUGGAGAACAAACUGCCGGUAGUAGAAAAAUUCUUGUCAGACAAGAACAAUCCAGAUGUCUGCGAUGAGUACAAACGGACAGCUCUGCACAGAGCUUGCUUGGAAGGACAUUUAGCGAUUGUGGAGAAGUUAAUGGAAGCCGGAGCCCAGAUUGAAUUCCGUGAUAUGCUUGAAUCAACAGCCAUCCAUUGGGCAAGCCGUGGGGGAAAGCUGGAGGCCUUAAAAUUGCUACUGAACAAAGGAGCAAAAAUCAGCGCCCGUGAUAAGUUGCUCAGCACAGCGCUGCAUGUGGCUGUGAGGACGGGCCACUACGAGUGCGCGGAGCAUCUCAUCGCCUGUGAGGCGGACCUCAACGCCAAGGAUCGAGAAGGGGAUACCCCUCUGCACGAUGCUGUGAGGUUGAAUCGGUACAAAAUGACCAGACUGUUGAUUAUGUACGGCGCAGACCUCAACAUCAAGAACUGCGCUGGAAAGACCCCAAUGGACCUGGUGCUGCACUGGCAGAACGGAACCAAAGCCAUAUUCGACAGCCUCAAAGCCAACGCCUACAAAGCCUCCCGCAUCACAACGUUCUAAGCGCAGCCCCGGCAUUGGAAGGCUUUGCACAGGGAGCGCCACGAGCCGCAGGCUCAGCUUCGGCCUCGCAACACGUCGCGAUGAAGCUUCGAGAAAGCACGGGGAUAGGAGGAUUCACCUUGCCAUUGGUUUAGUGACACUCACCUCUAUUUAUUUUUAUUUAUUGAUGAGUGCUUCCUUUGUACAGCACACUUCCCGAGCCUCCCCAGUAGAAGAUGUAGAAGAGUGCGCAAUGCUGGGCGGGCCCACUGAGGCCACUGCGGCGGCCUCCUUCUUGCAUGAUACUUCAAGGUGCCUCUCAAAGACAAAGGGGGUCGCUGUGGCCCUGUUUUCUCCUGGAGUUUUCAUGCAGUUGUUCCAGGGAAGCCAGGGCGGGAAGGCACAGAGGCAGGACGGGAAGCAGAGCGGGUUGGAAGGAAUGGCGGAGGAAGGACAGGAAAGGCGGCCGCUGAUGCCCUGGACCAGGUGUUUGUACUUAGUGGUGCGCUGCAGCAGGUGAGGAAGGUCGUGAAGGGAAGAAGCCCGGGUAGUGGAGGGAGCUGGCAACCGAGCCCACCGAAAGAAAUUCACUCCCCCAAACCACGAACGUCAAGACAAACUGUAAAGGUGCAGAUGUCUAUUCGUGUAUGUACAUUUUAUAUUCAUAAUAAAAACAAAAGCCAAGCCUC